GUGUGCUACUCACUUACUCUGCCAAAACCCAAAAACUCUCUUUUCUUCUAUCUUUAGAUCUCUCUCUCUCUCUCUCUCUCUCUCUCUGUGAUCACUUUUAUAAAAGAGUCUCCUCAGUGGUGGGUGUUUCUCUGAUCUCUGUGUUAUAUCCUCUGUUUCCUCCUACUCUGUGUUUGUUAGAGAUAAGUGAUUCUUUUUAAAAGUAGAUGUAGAUUGAUUGAAAGAAACUCAAGAAGACAAAAGAGUUCCUUUGUCUAAGUACCCAAGAAAGAAAGAAACCAUAUUUAUUCAUCUGGUUCGUGUGUCAGAGAUUCUGAUAACACAUAGUUCUAGAUUGUGUAGUAGCUUUUGGGGUUCAUAGACUAUGAGAAGAGGUAGAGGGAAAGGGAAGAAGCAGAAUGCAUCUGCUCGGGAAGAUCGUGGGAGCGGUGAAGAAGAGAAGAUUCCAGCUUACAGGAGAAGAGGAAGGCCACAGAAGCCGAUGAAAGAUGACUUCGAAGAAGAGGAGGAAGAAGAAGAAGAAGUUGAAGAGAUGGUGGUAGAGAAGAUAGAAGAUGAUGAAGAAGAAGAAACUGAUGAUGGUUCUGUAACGAGUAAAGAUUUGAAGAAGGAGAAAAGGAGGAAGAUAUCUAAUGGAGGCAAUACAGAUGUAACUGAAGAAGAGAAUGGGUUAGGAUCAAAGUCAAGCACUGAUGAUUCCAUGAAAUCUACUACGUCUAUUGGCUUUAGACAAAAUGGAAGCCGGAGAAAAAGCAAACCGAGACGAGCUGCUGAAGCUGUUGUAGAAUGUAAUGGAGUUUGAGAAACCUUCUUGUGAACAGACUUCACGAGACCAGGAUGACAAAUUAACUUCAAGAAACCUUCUUCUUCCUUCUUGUUGUUUUUGCUUUUCUUACAAGUUAUUUUGAAGUUGACAACUUUAGGAUCGGAUCUCCUUUGGUGAAUUAUGAGUCAAAAGCAUCAAUUUGCAUUCUCUCUUUAAAUU